UGCCGCUGCCUGCGUCUCGUGUGCCUGCUGUGCAUCCUGGGGGCGCCGGGUCAGCCGUCCAGAGCUGACGACUGCAGCGCCCACUGCAACCUGGCCCACGGCUGCUGCAUGCCCGACGGCUCUUGCAGGUGUGACCCAGGCUGGGAGGGGCUGCACUGUGAGCACUGUGUGAGGAUGCCUGGCUGCCAACACGGCACCUGCCACCAGCCCUGGCAGUGCAUCUGCCACAGUGGCUGGGCGGGCAAAUUCUGUGACAAAGAUGAACACAUCUGCACCUCGCAGUCCCCCUGCCGGAACGGAGGCCAAUGCGUGUAUGACGGGGGCGGCGAGUACCACUGCGUGUGCCUACCUGGCUUCCAUGGGCGGGACUGCGAGCGCAAGGCAGGCCCCUGUGAGCGGGCAGGCUCCCCCUGCCGGAAUGGUGGGCAGUGCCUGGAUGACCAGGGCUUUGCCCCCAACUUCACAUGCCGCUGCCUGGCGGGCUUCGUGGGUGCUCACUGUGAGGUGAAUGUAGACGACUGCCUGAUGCGGCCUUGUGCCAAUGGUGCCACCUGUGUGGACGGCAUAAACCGCUUCUCCUGCCUCUGCCCUGAGGGCUUUGCCGGACGAUUCUGCACCAUCAACCUGGAUGACUGCGCCAGCCGCCCCUGCCAGAGAGGCGCCCGCUGCCGGGACCGUGUCCACGACUUUGACUGCCUCUGUCCCAGUGGCUAUGGGGGCAAGACUUGUGAGCUUGUCCUACCCAUCCCUGACCCUGCCACCAUGGCAGAUACCUCCGUGGGGCCCACCUCAGCAGUGGUGGUCCCUGCCACAGGGCCAGUGCCCCACAGUGUGGGUGCAGGCCUGCUGCACAUCUCUGUAAAGGAGGUGGUGCGGAGGCAGGAGGCUGGUCUGGGGGAGUCGAGUCUGGUGGCCCUGGUUGUCUUCGGGGCUCUCACUGCUGCCCUGGUCCUGGCCACUGUGUUGCUGACCCUGAGGGCCUGGCGCCAGGGCAUUUGCCCCCCUGGACCCUGUUGUUACCCAGCGCCCCACUACACCCCUGCCCGGCAGGACCAGGAGUGUCAGGUGAGCAUGCUGCCGGCCGGGCUGCCCCUGUCACCAUACCUGGCCCCAGAGCCUGGCAAGACCACGGCGCUGUGAUGGUGGUGG